AGAUGGCUGUAUGUGUGAUAGACACAAAGGGUCCUCAAAUUCCCGAGCAUCUGCUCAUCAACAUGAAAAGAAAACAGAUGGACAAUGAACGGCAAACACUUGUGAUGAAACAAAACCAUAGUCACUUGGCCAGGCUAGGUGCUAUUAGAAAAUCCCAUGGACAGCUCGAUAACUGGAACUACUACACCCCACACAGCCUAAAUGUAGGGCAACGGCAGCUGAAAUUCCAACAGCUCAUCCAGGAGAAUGCUAGAAUUCUACAGCGUAUUCUUAAGAGAGAGUCUGAAUAUGGCAGAUGGGAGUCUGACUGGCAGAAUGUGAGACAGAUCAGAGCAAAUAUCUCUCGUUAUCCUAGAAAUCCUACACCUCUCUGGGCUGACCAUGAGAAAUUACCGGUUUUGGAUGUCAGAAAAAGUUCAGGGUCAACACUAGAGAGCAUUUCAAGACAUGAGAGAACUGGGAGAAGCAUAGUAUCUGCAAUAAAUCAAGAGAAAAAUGACCAAGUGUCUACCUCAACAAAAUCAGCUGAAUCCACUUACUGCACCCUAAAAACCAAGAAUCCAGAGAUAAAAAAGCACAGGAAAAGGCAAAAGUCUUGUAGGUGUUCACAAGACAACAUCGAACAUGUAGUGUUUGUAAAUAAUGGCGACACAAGCCUUCAUAACAGUGUAAGUAAUAUAAAUGGUGAAACAGAGACAGAUCUGUCAUAUAGAAGUGAUGAGAAAAACUUGGCGGAUGGGCAUAAAAAAGCUUCUCUGUCUCGUUUAGAGUCUAACCAAUCAAUUGAUUUUUCACAAGUGGCUUCUGAUGCAAGCUCCUUUUAUUCUCUCGAGAACUCAGAAGAAAGCCUUCCUCCUUCCCCUACUGAAUCAGCUAAAAUUUCAGAAAAAAUGUCCAGUCUAAGUUUAAAAGCAGAGCAGACAGAAGAUAGAAGAGAUCCCUUAUUACAAGAAAUAAAGAGGUGCUCUGACUCCUUAUCACAAAAGACUAAUAGAAGCACAAAUGUUUCAUCACAAGGAUCUAACAAAAGUCAAGAUUUGUCUCUACAAGGUAUGAAUAAGAGUCCAAUAAUAUCUUUGCAAAUGAACAACAAUAACAGAUCAAAUUCCUCAUCGGUAGGCAGUUUCAGAAACAGUGGUGGGCCCACACAUGAAUUAUACAAAAGUACAGACUCUUCAUUGACAACUUCAAGUAGAGGAACAUCUGCUUCUUUUAGAUAUUCAAGAAGCAUCAUGAGUUAUUCAGAUGAAGAGACAACAAAUCACAACCCAACAGAGAUAUAAAUUUCUGUAGGGUUUUAAGAAUAGAUAUACCUAAAUAAUGUAAAAUAUUUAACACUGUAUGCAGUGCUUUAACAAAAUACAGUUGUGGGCAAAAGUACUGGCACUUUUGCACUUUCUUCAAAUAACAAACAAAUCACACUACCGCUGGUAAUGAAAUGCUUUUGUAAUCUCCUGGUUUCAUGAUGCCAUAAGCCAGACUCAUGAUUUCCAGUUCCAGGGACAGCAAAGCAACCCUAAAACUUCAGCAAACCUCUUCCAUGUUUGAUUGUAGUGACUGUUUUCUUUUCUUUGAAGGCUUAAUUUUUUCCAUUGUAAAUGAAGAUGAGAUGUGUUUUGCAAUUUUGUCUUGUCUUUCCUUGGGACAUUCUCCCAGAAGGAUUUCAAUUUGUUCAGAUGUAUUCGGCAAACUACUGUUGGGCUUUCUUAUGUUUCUCUGUCAGCAAUGGGGUCUUUCUAGAUCUCCUACUAUAAAGCCCUUUUCAUUGAGUUGGCGAUGAUUGGUGUGAGCUGAAACUAUUUCACUUCGUUUCUGAGUUUAUUGAGGUUUUUUGACCACACUUCAAACUUUUUCUGUAGUCUUUGAUAAUUGUUUCUCUUGCUUUCACAUCCAGGGAGAAUGGCAGGGCAUGGCCCUCAAGCUUCUUGCUAACAUUGCAUAUUACAAAUACAUUAAAAUCUCUGGAGACAGACUUGCAGCCUUUUCCAUGUUCCCUUACAAUAUUCCUUAUCAGCUUAUCAGACAGUCCUGUUUACUUUUAUGUUGCCUGCUACUUAUUACAUGAGAGUACAAACAAAUGUAUAAUGUUUGUGGCCCUGGCCCCCUUGCCACAAUUUUCUUUCAGGGACUGCAUGAUACUAAAUUGCAUGACAUUAAAUUGGGUAAUUUGCCUGAUUUUUUGUGUUGUUCCACUACAAAUAAAAAAAACAUACGUAUUUGAAUACCAUAGCAUUGCCUUUUUGACAAUCUGCUGGUAGGUGCAUUAUCAGAAAAAAAUGCUAAGGUGCCACCAUAUUGCCACAACUGCAAACAGUUUUGCUUUGUGUCUUGUUUAGCUACGUAGGGUAUAUAUGUUUGCAUGCAGUUCAGUUCAGGAUCAAGUUAAUACAUUGUUUGAGGUUACUA